UUGCGCUAGCGGGGUUAGGGUUUGUGAAGUUGUUUGGCGACAAAGCAAACGCAAAAUGGCCAAAUUCAAUGAGGUGCAGAAGAAAAGGAGAGCCCUACUAUCGGAGAAGAAGAGACAGCUACAUGGCGAUCCUAACACCGGCAAGCUUAAGAACAAGCACCAACCUCUUUCGAUCUCCGGCAAACGACAGCGGAAGCUCCUCAAAAAAUGGCGUCGAGAUCAAAAGGAAGCUCUGGAGAAGGGCUUGGUAACCAUGGAAGAUGUAGAGAUGGCAGUUGCUGAAGCUGAAGGGAGUUCCCACAAUAGUAGCAAAUCAUCCAUGAAGAUUCACUUGAAGAAGGGCUUGAAACUAAAACAGCUGAAGCAAAAAGGUAAGAAUAAAAGAAAACCUGCUGCGCCAGCAGCUGGUGUUUCAGCUGACGCUGAUGUUGCAGUUGACGCCAUGGUGGAAUAAAUAUGAAAUGUUUGGUAUGAUACGGAGGUUUAUUUGAUCAUCGUGGCUAAGAAAUUUUGUCAGAUUUUUUCCCUUUUCGUUUUCCUCUUACUUGCGGCUAGGAUGGAGGUGGAGCCGGGGUGUGACUGAAGCUAACCAGGAAUAGAAUAUUGUAGUGCUAUAUAAAUCCAGUCAACUAGAUUGACAGUUUCUCAGGACUUGGGAAUGAAAAUUAUGGCUCUAAAAUUUACAAGGUUAGUCUAUAGGAUUGCCAUACGUUAUUGACCAUUGUGAUGUCCAGUCGAAAACUGAUGCUGCUUUGAAAUUGUUAAUUUGCCCACUUCGUUUCCCGUAAGAAAGGAUGAUAGAGGCUGUUGGGGUGUGACUGAAACUCACCAUAAUUAAAAUGUGCUGCUAUAUUCUAAUAGCUA